UGGUGCCUUGAAGAAAAUAAAGACAACUAGACAAUACUGAAACAUAAACAUAAAGCUCCUGAAAGUGAAAAUGGGCAAGUGUUAAUAGACAUGGAGAAAACAAUGCAGGCGCAAUCCUUGAAUAAGAACACAUGCUGGGUGUGCUUGCUGCCGCCAUGGAGGUUCACAGACAUAUCGGAGGAGAAACUGUAUCUGGCCUACACAGAGCGGCAAAGGCAAAGAGCGGUCCUACGACUGCUUGCCACCGGAUUGCUAUUCCAAAUUUUUGCUGCGAUUGUCCCCGGCGAGAGUAACCUUUACUUCGCUUAUACUUUCGUAGGCAUUGCGUUCUUAGUCAAUGUAGUUCUAUUGGCGAUGUAUGCCUUCGUUCGACGAGCACGUUAUGUAAUGAACCACAUUGCAUGGCUUUUCAUCUGGGCUCAGCUUCUGAUAAGCGUGUCACGUCGCAUUGGAGAUUCCUACAACGAGUUGCUCGGGUGGGCUGUCGUCGUGCAAUUUUUCACGGUUGCUAUGUUACCCUUUCAUUAUGUCAUACUGUUACUCUAUAGUUUGCUCUCAUUAUCAGGGUAUCUUUUUGUUCAAUAUUACCUGGCUAUCACAACGGAAAAUAGGCUUCCCGAAGACUUUUUUGGUCAGCAAUUAGCAAAUGGUACCUUAUUGAUGGGAGGUACGCUUUUGGGAGUAGUCGCAUAUAUUGUUGGAGAACGACAACAAAGAAAUUCUUUCCAAGAAACAAAACGAAGCUUACGUGAUAAACUCACCAUCGAACAACAAAGUAAAGAACAGGAGAGACUGCUGCUGUCGGUGCUUCCCGAACAUGUCGCCGUUCAAAUGAGACAGGAACUAGGACUUAUCGACACACAAUUUAAAAAGAUUUACAUGUCGCGGCACGAAAAUGUUAGCAUACUAUACGCUGACAUCGUGGGCUUCACUGCAAUUUCAUCUACAUAUUCAGCCCAAGACCUAGUUGCAAUUUUAAAUGAGCUAUUUGCGCGCUUCGAUCGACUCGCUGAGAAAUACAAUCAACUGCGAAUCAAAAUCCUGGGAGAUUGUUAUUAUUGCAUUAGCGGCGCACCACUGGAGCGACCGGAUCAUGCCGUUCUUUGCGUUCACAUGGGAUUAUCAAUGGUUAAAGCGAUAAAAUAUGUACAACAAAUAACGAACUCGCCGGUGGACAUGCGCGUGGGCAUACACACCGGCGCCGUGUUGGCCGGGGUCCUAGGUCAGAGACAGUGGCAAUUCGACGUCUACUCACGCGAUGUCGAACUUGCUAACAAGAUGGAGAGCAGUGGAAUGGCUGGACGCGUGCACGUAUCUGAGAUGACUUUGAGCUUUCUCAAUGAUGAGUUCGAAGUGGAACCCGCGUACGGGGAGCGGCGCGAGGAAAUGUUACGUCAGGCCGGCAUCAAAACCUAUUUCAUAGUACGCGUCCUUAAACCGUUCCAGAGCAGCGGCGGUGGGGGCGUCGGUGUCGUUGUUGUUCCUGAAGAUAGAAAUAUGCCGGAUGGCGAGGUGGUGGAGGCAAGGAACAGUGCGGACACGCUGUCGGAGCUGCGAGACGACGACGAGGACUCUGUUCUAUCGCCGCAAGACGAGAGCGAGGACAACGAAGAAUCAAAAAUACUCGCCAUGUUAGAAGAAGAACUCGUUAAUAGAGAUGAUGAUAGAGAGCUAGCAGACGCGACGAACCUUUGCCUCACGUUCAAGUCCAGAGAGGCGGAGUUUGCGUUCACGCACCGCACGGAUGUGUGCCCCAUGGCGGCGAUGGCGCCCCCGCUGGUGCUGCUGCUGACGGUGGCGGCCAUGGCCAGCUUCAUCGAGCCGUCCGCCUGGUCGCUGUACCUCGUCCUCGAGCUUGCAAUCUUCCUUGGCAACGUUUUCUUCUAUGCCAACUACAAAUACGAACAGUUUAAGACAAAGACAAUAAGCCCGACAUCGAAGAUAAUAUGCAACAUAUUCAACAUAAUGAUGUUCGGAAUUGCAAAUAUUACCAUCUUGGUGAUCUGCGGAGAUUUCGACAUCGUGCGGUCCGAGGAUGGGCAGCGGGAGGACGCGCCGGCGCGUGGCGGUGCGCGCCGCUGCAUGCAUCCCACUUACUAUUACCAUAUCGCCGUGGGCGCGGCGUGCUGCACACUGUGGCCGGCGAUGUCGUUUGGUAGGAUGCGCACCGCCUACCUGUUGUCGCUGGUAUUAACGCACGUCGUGCCCGCUCUCCACUCGCCCAAGCUGCUCGCCCUGCGCAACCCUGCCCGCGACCCCUUUGAUACACUGCUACAUCAUGGAAACACAACACACUACGCCGAUCAAUUCCUCUUAGUGAUGAUGCAACUUCACAGUGCCAGAAACAUCUUCAUGUUAUUCAUCAUAUUCAUCGCUCUUCUGGUAUAUAAUCAUUACUGCGAGUCGUUGGAGCGCGCGCGACACUCUCGCGGGGAGCGCAUGCGCGCGCAGGCGGAGCAGGCGAUCGACCUGCGGCGGCGCAACCAGGCGCUGGUGCACAAUGUGCUGCCACCGCACGUCGCCAGCCACUUCAUGGGCGCGCGCCACCACCACCGCGACCUCUACAGCCAGAGUUACGCCGAGGUCGGCGUGCUCUUCGCCUCCAUGCCCAACUUCUCUGAGUUCUAUUCCGAAGAAACUGUGAACAAUCAAGGGCUGGAAUGUCUGCGGUUUUUGAACGAAGUAAUCUCUGACUUUGACCUGUUACUGGAAAAUUCCAAGUUCAGCAAGGAUAUAAUAAAAAUCAAAACUAUAAGUUCCACAUACAUGGCUGCAUCAGGCCUAAAUCCCACGCGACAGAUGCAGCCGUCAGAUGGUGUGCUCGUCCGCUGGGCUCAUCUCGCAUGCCUCGUGGAAUUCGCACUGGAACUGCAGAGAGUUUUGACAGCCAUCAAUGAGCAGUCAUUCAACCACUUCGUGUUGCGUCUCGGAGUUAAUCACGGACCGAUCACAGCGGGUGUGAUAGGCGCCCGCAAGCCGCACUAUGACAUAUGGGGCAAUACUGUCAACGUCGCAUCACGAAUGGAGAGCACUGGCAAAGCGGGAUGUAUACAGGUGACGGAAGAAACUUGUCAAAUUCUCCAGUGUUUUGGGUAUUACUUUGAGCAACGCGGCCUCGUGGCUGUCAAAGGCAAGGGACAGUUGAUGACAUAUUACUUACAAGGAAAACGCGACUCUGUCACCGGUGAACCAGAGAAAUCCAUGAUGGAGGACCCGUGCGAGGCAGACGCCACCGAUGCGUUGUUGUCUAACGGAGACGCGACGGACUCGCAGCGCGCAAAACUGCAGUCCCCCGCCGCCGCCGCCGCCGACGCAACCACUGACGUCGAUAGACCGUUACUAAAUUCCUAAAACUUCACUAUAUUUACAGAUCAAAUUAUUUUAACAUUUGUUCCUUGAAAGUUUUUUAUUUAUCUUAACGAUAAGUUUGUAAUAGUAAU